GCGGCCGGGAGCGGAACCGGAGGGAGCAGGGCGGCACCGCGGCCGAGCCCGGCCGGCCCGGCAGGAGGCGAGAGGGAGACAGGCCGGCUAGGCGGGCACACGCAUCCGGCCGGCUGCCCCACGAGGCCAGGGAAGUCCUUGUGCUGUUAAGGCCUGCCCCUCUGCUCUGGAGGGCCUCACCGUGUCCCUGACCCGCCUCCCCAACGCGGCUGAGGGUGACCCACUUCUGGGCCUCCACCCACGAAGCCAGGGACUCGCAGCCCACAGGCCUCCAGCCGGCCUGCUGCCCUCGCCAUGGUGAAGUUGCUGCCGGCCCAGGAGGCCGCCAAGAUCUACCACACCAACUACGUGCGCAACGCGCGCGCCGUCGGCGUGAUGUGGGGCACGCUCACCAUCUGCUUCUCUGUGCUGGUCAUGGCCCUCUUCAUCCAGCCCUACUGGAUCGGCGACAGCGUCAACACGCCGCAGGCGGGCUACUUCGGCCUUUUCUCCUACUGCGUGGGCAACGUGCUGUCCUCCGAGCUCAUCUGCAAGGGCGGUCCCCUGGACUUCUCCUCCAUACCCUCCAGAGCCUUCAAGACUGCCAUGUUCUUUGUGGCCUUGGGCAUGUUCCUCAUCAUUGGCUCCAUCAUCUGCUUCAGCCUGUUCUUCGUCUGCAACACGGCCACCGUCUACAAGAUCUGCGCGUGGAUGCAGCUGGCUGCCGCCACAGGCCUGAUGAUUGGCUGCCUGGUCUACCCGGACGGCUGGGACUCGAGCGAGGUGCGCCGCAUGUGUGGGGAGCAGACGGGCAAGUACACCCUGGGCCACUGCACCAUCCGCUGGGCCUUCAUGCUGGCCAUCCUCAGCAUCGGCGACGCCCUCAUCCUCUCCUUCCUGGGCUUCGUGCUGGGUUACCGGCAGGACAAGCUCCUCCCUGAUGACUACAAGGCAGAUGGAAAAGAGGAAGUCUGAAGCAGCUGGAGGUGCGGUUGCCUAUUUCUCAGACAUGGAAAAUUAGAGAAUCUAAUUCUUCAGAGAUAAGAACUUGUUCCUUAGAAGCUUCCUUGGCCCUGGCUACCACAGGCCUAAAGCUUCAACCGGACAGUCUCCCAAGACAAGACCUCCUUCUGUGUACUCCUUCAGGUGGCCCACACCGAAUAAACAUAUCCAGAGGCUGAGUGGCAUGGGAGCGCUCACCUAGGAGACCCAAGUUCUCUUCUUCCUGCCUCACACCAGCAAACCACGUUGCCCUCUUGAGGCUUCUCCUCAGUGAAGUGACAGGACUGUGCGAGCCUAUCUCCAGGGCAGCCCUCCCAGGUGUCUGUGACAGCUCACACACACAGUCACGCCCAGCCACCGUGCAACGGCUGCUGGAGAAGGGGUGGCUGGAAGCGUGUUGGGUCAUUUUGGGUUGAGGUUUAGGGAGUCCUUUGCUCCUCCCUUCCCAAGUUUUGUUUUCUUGUUGCUGGCCGCCAGAACCUGAAUCCUUUGACAUCCAUCAGAAAGUUUUGUAAUACGGGGUGAUAGGAGACUAGUUACUCUUGGGACUAAUUUGACUUUUUCCUGCUGGGAACCAAAUAUCACAUUUCCUUAUAAGUGUCCACACUAACUCAACCCAAACUGGCUGCCAGCUUCAAAAAUUUGUUACUUAUGUUCAAUAAUUUGUUAUAGGAAUAAAUGACAUCUCUUAUCAAAAAUUUUAGAGGAUACUGGUACUUUGAGAUGGGAGUCUGCUAACCUCCUCAUUUGCUGGUAAAUUAAUAAACUCCUCUUUCCUUCUCCUCAAAAAAAAAAAAAAAAUUGGAUUUGGCUUACCUAUCCCCCAGUAUCUGUGGGGGAUUGGUUCCAGGACCACCCUCAGAUAGCAAAAUCCAUGGAUACUACACAAAAUGUGUAGUAUUUUCAUAAAAUCUAUGCAUAUCCUCCCAUAUACUUUAAAUCACCUCUAGAUUUCUUAUAAUACCUGAUACAAUGUAAAUGCUAUAUAAAUAAG